AUGAAACUGUACCUGAGAACCUUGACUGGCAAAAGACUCGAACUUGAUGUGGCAGAGAACGAGACUGUGGCUCGAGUCAAGGAAAUAUUUUUCGAGAGGGAAAGAGUCCUCCCCGACCAAUUUCAUCUAGUAUUUGCGGGCAAACAUCUCGACGACAGAUUCACCUUGGAUCGCUACAGAAUCCAGUCUGAAGCAACUAUUCAUGUCGUCUUGCGGCUACGAGGUCAAGUCAAUACUCGGAGCUUCCCAACGUCCGAGAUCCCAUAUCCGUCUUCUACAGAGGCAGAAAGAAUCAUUUCCGAUUGGAACGAUCUGGCUCAUAGAGACGGUUUCGAUGCGGACACACAUAUCGUUGAUCCACAGGCGCACUAUAUCGCUUUAGAGUCGCUUCAGAGGAAGGUCAAGACAUCUUCAGCUCUGUAUCGGAAAAAUGGGAUUUCCUGGAAAACACCAGAACCAGAGGAUGUAAUGCUUCGUCUUCUUAAGAUAAAAGAAGAGCCUGUAUGGAUACAUAACCUCCUACUGGACGCCGGGGGUGGUGUGGACGUUGUUGAUAGCGAAGCUGUCCUUUGUCUGCUGGAUUCCUACGUAAUUAUUAAGUCCGUUGUGGAUAGUUUUGACUCUCUAGUCGCACAAAAGUUCUGCCAUGAGUUUUUCAGCAUCCUCAUUCAGAGGGACACGAAAAACAUAGCCGAAAUCGUCAAAAUCCCGAGGACUGCGCUCGGCAGUAUUGCCUCUACAAUGUGGACAGCACUUGCGAAUGCUCGGUAUGAGGCUAGAGAGAGCACUGCCGAGGUAGUCAAGCGUGCGACAGGUGAAUUUAUGAGUCUGAUCGGCCAUGAGCCUCCUUCAUCGGAUCCUAUAGAAACGUCCCGCACUAUGGCAUACUUAUUGGACGUCGGCCUGGUCAGCUACGCUGGAUCGCACACGUCCCGAAACGACUUCCAAGAUUUCGAGGCCGAAACCGCGAACUUUAGUUGCAACAAAGAUGGUUGCUUCCGAUUCCAGUGCCAUAUGCAGACCCUGGCCUGCUUGAACGGGUUUCUAGAUGCGCGGGAGGUUUGGGUCUUUGAGGUACAAAGUAGAAGUACCUCACCUCAACGGCAACUACAGCAGGGCGGUUCCAAAGAACCUCUGUCGAUCUUGACGACGAUAGACGCACUCUCUGAUAUUUGGGGCCCCGUCUAUGCCGAAGCUAUUCCCCAAGACUCAUCAGCCGAAAAGCCGCACCGCGUUAGGAAGUACAAUGUCUCCAAAGGAUGCAUCCGACCUCUGUCUAGGCAACCUGUCUCCUCAGAUGGAUAUGUCAAAUGCCAUUGGUACAGCUGGGCAGAGGAGCAGCGACGGCGCUUCUCUAGCCUCUUUUCCGGGCGCUCCAAGGAUCCAACCAUAUCAGUGGACGAUAAACUCCUGAUUGGCACCGAGAUGACAGUCAAGCCAGACUGCACAUUCAACAUGACAGAGUAUGAAAUGAAUUAUGGCAAUGCUAUAUAUGCAGCUGGGCCGAAGCCUUCAACAUGGAGUUUUGACGGCGUAGCAGUGUCCCUAGAAUUAGCAGCGCCGAAAUUCGUUAUGCUCCAGAUCAAGGGCAAGGCAAAAAGAGUCCCGGAAACCACAAUCAAGGAGCAUGCUUGGCAAAAAUGGAGCUCAAGCCCUGAGUCUGCGAACCCUGGCAUCCUGAAUAACUACUUUGGCGUCGAGAUCAGCAACUGUACUGGAAAUGCCAGGAGAGUGUCCCUGAAACAGAUACUCCUUAUGAAUCCCAUACAAGGCCUGCUUGAGCGCCAGAUUCCUGGAUGGCAAGCAACAAGUUGGGGAAAAGAUUUCAAGAAAGCACUCCAGACGGAGUCUGAAGCCGCAGUCUUCAGCUUUUGGAGACAGCAUGUCGCUCAUCGGGCGCUUGUGGGACGCCUCAUAUCUUCCGUCCUGGAUGUGCUUGACGGCACUGGAUGCAAUAAAUCAGGAUUCCAGGCGGCGUUCCUGCACCAAGACAAUGAAAACAUUAUUAAUAUCGAUCCCAGGAACAACGACUGGGCCGAUUUGCUCAAGGACUCGUACCUCACUGCAACGUACGCGAUUGUCAAUGAAGUAUGCCUCGAAUAUAAACUCCCGGAUCAUAGUGCCUCGAUAUGCAACGAUGAACGACGGUACUCAGUCUUACAAACUAAAAUUGGCAUGGAAGCGGAGACAGGGCUUACUGGGCGUUUCAAGAUCGAUCCGCAUGGUUUAUCGCUAAAGAGGAUCGGUCCUGAGGCCGCUGGGUUGCCUUUUCUCCUGACACGCGAAUCGACGGUCACAACCAUGAUUCACCUCGCCACACGAACGCACCGCGCGAAGGAACUGUUGAACCAACAAUCGCACGACCGUAAAAAACACCAUCAGGUGAUACUACGCGCAUCGCGGGAGAGCUUUGGCGGGAUGCCGUAUCCACGCCAACGUGAUUUGACAAAGGUAGACGAGGACUCUAUGGAUAUAGACGUACAAGAUGAGGACAACAACCAAGCGGUGACGGAAGAGGGCCUUUCACAGCUGGAGAUUGAAGUCAUGAUCCUAGAUAACCUGAUGGCGAGAGAAGUUGCAGAGGACGAGCAGAAAGCUCGCUGUUGA